AUGGCGUCACUUCUUAAAAAGCCAUUGAAGAUUGCACUGGUGCAGCUGGCUUCGGGAGCUGACAAGGCCGUUAACCUUGCACAUGCGCGAUCAAAGGUAUUAGAGGCUGCGCGGGCUGGGGCUUCGCUGGUAGUCUUGCCGGAGUGCUUUAAUUCACCCUAUGGCACGCAAUACUUCUCCAAAUACGCAGAAACCCUUCUUCCGUCUCCGCCAUCCCAAGAACAAUCCCCAUCUUUCCAUGCAUUAUCCUCUAUCGCCAAAGAGGCCAAAGCAUACCUCGUCGGUGGGAGUAUCCCGGAGUUCGCCCCAGACAGCAAGAAAUACUAUAAUACCUCCCUUGUAUUCUCGCCGACGGGUUGUUUGAUUGCUUCUCACCGGAAGACUCAUCUCUUUGAUAUUGAUAUACCCGGGAAGAUAAGAUUCAAGGAGAGCGAAGUUCUUUCUGCGGGCAAUAAAGUCACUAUUGUCGAUUUACCGGACUACGGUAAAAUAGGACUGGCCAUUUGCUAUGAUAUUCGUUUCCCGGAAACUGCUAUGAUUGCCGCUCGGAACGGCUGCUUUCUGUUGGUUUACCCAGGUGCAUUCAACUUGACCACAGGCCCGUUGCAUUGGUCGUUACUGGGUCGUGCUCGUGCCAUGGAUAAUGAGGCAUAUGUCGGUCUCUGCAGCCCUGCCAGAGACCUUGAUGCCACAUACCAUGCUUGGGGUCACAGCUUAGUUGUCAAUCCCAAAGCGGAGGUCAUAGCAGAGGCCGCCGAGAAGGAGGAGAUUGUAUAUGCUGACCUGGAGCCGCAAACUAUCGAAGAAAUCCGGAAAGGAAUCCCCAUAUAUGAGCAAAGGCGAUUCGAUGUAUAUCCUGAUGUAAGCAAAGGGAAAAUCAGAUUCGAGGAGUAA